GGUCCCGCUGCCGCUGGUCUUGGCCUGGCCCGUUCCCGUUCCGCGGGGUCUCUGCCCUGCCCUGCCCUGCCCUGUCCCUUCCGCGGGGUCUCGGCCCGGCCCGCUCCCGGCCGCGGCGGGCGCCGGGGCGGCUCUCGGUCUCUGUGCUGCGGUGGCGGCAGACUCGCACUCCAGACAGUUUUUCUCUACUCACCUCUUCCGUCUGCCGCAGCCCCUUCCCUCUGGACCCGGCCCCUUCGGGCGCAGCCAUGGCUGAGCUCCCUUGGGUGUCUCCUCGCCUUGAGACCCCGGCACCCCGCCUCAGGUGUGACCCCCGCACAGGUACAGGGCACCCGAUGCUCAGAGGGCACAGGUCCAGCCCAGCAUAAUGCACAGCGUCAGCAAGGGACACCGAGGCCCCACAGCUGAUCGGCACAAUUUCUCUGCAUACACCAGCAUGUGUCCUUGUUGUGUGACUGGAUUGCCGUAGAUUCCCGGUGCUGUGCAGAGCACUGGAAUGAAAGCCUGGACAGCUUUUCCCCUUGAUCUUUUUAGGGACCAACUCUGUGCCCAGUGACAGCCCCAAUGUGAAGGCCCCACUGCUAUGAACGCCAACACUGAGCUGGACAAGUGCUCGGCACAAAUGGAGGCACCAGGGUCCCGGUGCCACAUGGUGAGUGACUGCAGUCAGCAACACAUGCAACACGCAAGCUGGAGAGGGGAGCAACACAGACCUCAGUCCUCACAGAUCACGUGUAUGCGUCUGACUCUGGUUCUGGAGGAGCUGUCUGCCUCCCAGUUUCUUCAUUUAGAAGCACCUUGAGAAGCAGGGGUGCCCUUGAGAAUGUUUAAAAGAAAAUUCAGGAACUUCCUCAACUGAGCUGACACAAAAGAUCAAGGGGCUUGAUGCACUUGUGACAAAAUACAGCAGCUGGACAAAGGAUUGAGGAUCACAGUGAUGCUGAAAUGCUGUAUUUAGGUGUGAAAUGUGGUAGUUCAACAUCUCUGCAAUUCUAGAACCUACCGCAGACUUGGAUGUGGACUGGGAGCCAAACCCCGUGCUGACAGAAGCUCUGGGCAAGUCUGGGUUGUCAAUGUAUUUGUGACAGGACAAAAAAGUAUAGCUUGGAACACUCUGGAGUUUGAGGAAACAAACUCUCCCUCCUACCCAUGAAUUCUUCUCAGUGCCAUGAGUAAUUGUGCAGUCAGGGGGAGGAAAGAAUAUUUACACUUAUAAAACAAACCUCCAGAAAUCUUUUAAAUAGAAAAAUCACCUGUGGGGGAAAUGAAACAGAAAUAAUGUAGCUGGGAAAAGGCAAAACAGAACUCAAAAAGAAAGGAUAUCAUAUAAAAAUCAGAUAGUUUUCCGGCUGUGAAAUAGAAAAAGGACAUUUUUCAUUAAAAACCCUGACUCUCUGAGGUGCUGAAUUUUAAGUUUCUUCCUUUAAACAAAGCACUAAAACUACUAAAUGAGUCCAAAAUAAGAUAAAAUAACUCUGAGCAAAGAGAUGAAGCUGGCCAGACUGGAUGUCCUGGGCAUUGCACUGUGAAUAUAAUUUUGCACCUGCUGAGGAGCUUUGCAUGGGGAUGUAAUUAUAACACAGUGUUUUACAUGUUCUCUAAAAGUAACCUCAAAAGUGUGUCAAGAAUCAGAUUUUAAGGAGAAUGAAACUGGGCAGUUUCCCAUUUCAUCAAUGCCCACUUUCAUAGGGCAAUACAGUAACUGUUUAAACUCAGGUGUCGUACCUGAGAGACCUUAUGGGCUUACGACACCUAGGAAAUGCCAAGGGGUUGUCCUGCCCUGUAUGAACAGUACUGUGUGGAGCAGUAUGUUAAGUAGACAACAGGUUAAAGACAGGGAGUCUUAUUUCAAGUCACAAUAGUAUAAUGCUUUUUGAAGCACAUAGCAGCAACAUAAACAUGUUUUAAUAUUUAAUGUUAUGCACCUCAUAUUCUAAAAUACUUUCUGUGGAAGCCUAUGCCAAAAAAAUAUGUAACUGUGAGCCAGAAACUGUAUAGUGUCAUUCAGAAUAAGAACCCAGGGUAUACACUUACUUAAAUCUAAUCCAUUACAUUUUUGCCAUUGUCUUUUUUCCCUAGCCUAAUUAAUUACCUACCUCUCUGCUUUUAUUCCAAAACACUUGCUUAAUAGAGGACAAACAAGCUUAGUUUUGUUAAGCAAAGAAAACCUCCUUUUAUUUAUGCUGAGUUACAUAAAGUUCAACAUAAUCUCUUUAGAGAAUGGGAAAAUAAUGGUUUCUGGGAGCCGAGCACGGAUUUAUGGAGGCCAGCAGAUAACUGUGUGAAUCUUAAAUGCAUUCAAAAUGCAGCUCUCUGAGAGCAGUAAAAAAAAAACCAAAAAAAAACCAACAAAAAAAACCCCCAUCAUAUUCCCUAAAUUACCUCAGAGCUGUUUGCAUAAAGGGUCCAGAGGCAGUAGACUAUAAGUACAGAGAUGUGAGCCCUGCAGAGAGCACACGGCAACGCUUCUGUUGGACACUCCGUGUGCCUGCAGCAGCAAAAGGGCAACUGAAACGCAGGUGCACAAACAGCUUUAAAGGACUUGGCAGAUGCAUCAAGCAGAAAUCUGAAACUACAAAUCAGGGCUAUUACUCAAGGAUUUGAUCAGAACUGAUAAAAACCUGCCAAUAAAAAAGUUGCAGGAACCCCUGUCCCAAAAUGCCAUCCAUCCAGCUGCCACUGCUACUCCUCUGCUUGACCUCGUGUGGUGUUUGCUUCAAUGGGGGACAUCUCCUUCCAGAGGAGAGUGAGAACAUGGGAAAAAGUCCCCUGGAUGACAUCCUUCAGAGAUCUGAAAGCCUCAUUCUUCAGUCUGUCCUCAAGAAAGCUGAAAGGGAAGAGAUUAAUAAAGAAUCAAAUGCCCCUCUGCUACAACGGCUUUCCAAAAGACAACACCCUGGGAAAAAGUACCUAAGUAAUCUGGAGAAGAGACAGCAUCCUGGAAAAAGAGAUGUUGAGGAAGAGGCAUCUUAUGGAGACAGUCAGAAGAGGCAGCAUUCAGGAAAAAGGGAGAUGGAAGAUGAUGUCUAUCUGGAGCUGAAAAGGCAACAGCCUCCCAGCAGAAAGUCACUGUUGGAUCAGUUUGCUUACAGCCCUAGGGCACAGCUAAUCUACACGAAUGAGUUAUCCAAAAGAGAACAUCCAGGCAGAAGAUAUCCGAUGUACAAGCACCAGCGUCCUAGCAAAAGAGGCUGGAAUUAUGAGGUAGAUGUAUAUGGUGAGAAACGCCAGCAUCCUGGAAAAAGGUACUGGAAUUCUGACAGCUCAGAUGACACAGGUCCCUGCAACUUUCAGGAGACAUUCACUUGUCAUGAAGGCAACUUGUUGCUUGAUUUAGUAGAUGAUGUUAGCAGAGACAGGGUAGAAGAAAAGCGUCAGCACCCAGGAAAAAGAUCAGCAUGGGAAAAUGAAACAGAGGAAUGAGAAAAUAAUUGUGUAGCACUUGCAUUUGGUGAAGUAAACUGCCAAAAUCACCAAAUCACCAAAACAUCCCGUUCACUUCUUUUUGGCUUCCUGCUGCUGACCUCUGCACCUACCUUUAAGUGUGUUAAUGCUCCCAUCCAAGUUAAUGGCUUUGUCACACACUUAAAGCAAAGAAACUAAAGGACCCAUCUGAAUGGAACAGGCAAGUACUGAGAAUCCUCAAUUUCCCCACUUUAGGAAGAGUGCUUAUUUUCUUAGGAGCCCAGACCCCAAAAUAAUCCAGCUGUGUGUUCCUAAAUGAAUAAAACAGGCUCUUAAAUUUCUGUUCUGAUGCUACUGAAGUAGAAUAAUUAUAUGGUUUCCUCUCACAUCAGAGAAAUCAGUAAAUAGUGAGGAAGAAAAAAGAACAUAUGGCAAUUGUUUCAAAAUUAAAUAGAGCAGGUUUUCAGUUCUAAAUAAUAACAUUCUGGACACCUGAGUCCUUGUACACUACAAUCUGUCCAGACAGUAAAGCACUAUAGAGAGACAGGAACAGUUUCAACUGGAACAAAAUAAAUUAGUGACUUUAUAGUUUGUCUUGGAACUGGCACAGGAAAACCCUCUUCACCUAAGAGGCUACAGAGUGAAAAUGGUUAAUGCAUCCCUGAACAUCUCAAGCACACAUUGUGACCCCUGCUGACUGUGUACAGCCCACACAAGAACUCCCACCCUGGUGUGUCCACACUUCAGUCAUGCCACUUGAAAUCAUGCCUUCUCCUCAGGCAUUUAAUAAUAAAGCAAGAAGAGAUCCUUCUCUUUCAGUGAGGAUUUCUGAUUUUACUUCUCUCAAAGGAAUGCUUUUACUUUCUGUGGUCAGAUUUCCAAAAGUGUUAAUUUGAUAUGAGUUAUUCAAUAAACAAGAAUAGUC